AAAAAAAACGUCACAUAGUUUCUCACUGCCUGCCAAAAGAAGGGACAUUUGAAGUAAUUUCAUCAAAUGUUACCCUCUAUAAGAAUCACAUUUCCAAAAAACAAUUCAAGUACUAAAACUCAAGAAAAAUGUAUCCAAAGCUUCUUGUUUUGGUACUCACUAUCUUCUACUCUUCUUUCUUCCUAGCAUUGGCCUCUGACCCUGACCCUAUGCAAGAUUUUUGCAUACCUAACACUAGACCAUCAAGGUACAAUAUUUUUUCACCAUGCAAAAAUUCCAAAUUAGUAGCACCUGAUGAUUUCAUAUUUCCCGGCGUAAAAUCGCCGGGAAAUUUCACUGACACGGGCCUCGCGGCUGUGUCAGUGAACCCCUCGAUAUUUCCAGGACUCAACACCUUAGGCAUGUCGUUCGUACAUGCUGACUUGAACAUAGGUGGCAUAAAUCCCCCUCAUUUUCACCCUAGAGCAACUGAAAUUGCCUACAUUGUACGUGGGAAAGUUUAUUCAGGUUUUGUUGACUCGAAUAAUCGGGUUUUUUCUAAGGUGAUUGAACAAGGGGAGGUCAUGGUUUUUCCUAAGGGACUAGUACAUUUUAUGAUGAACGUUGGGGAGACACCAGCGACGAUUUUCGGGUGUUUCAACAGCCAAAAUCCAGGCAAUAUGAAAAUUCCAGCAGUUAUUUUUGGUUCUGGAAUAAAUGAUAAACUUUUGGAGAAGGCUUUUGGAUUGAGCCUUAAGCAAAUUGUUGUAAUGAGAAGGAAGUUUUUCCCCAAAAAACUGAAAAGGUAAAAUGUCAUGGGGUUCAUAAUUAAUAAUUGCUCAUGUCUCUCUAUUAGUGGAGAUGAAUGAUAUAAGAUCUUUUAGUUAUUUUUUGUAAUUUGGACUCAAUUACCCUUCUUCUGCUUAUGAAUUAUUUUUGUUUGUUAAAUUUUUCCUUCAAAAGAGCUGUAGUCCAUGAUUUAUGACACAUUGUUUGUAAUUUGAAUUUGUUUUCUUCACCACCGAGUGUUCCGCAGGAUAGAUAGGAUCCCUUCACUUUCAAUUAGGGGUCUCGAGUUUGAGUCCUGAAAAUGAAAAAAUUCUGGUAUGAAGCAGCUUCAGCACUAUUUACAAAAUUGACUGAAGAAAAACACUACUCUUCCGGUAUUUCCUAGACCCUUGACAACAAUCCAUCCUUUCUCUCAUUUCCCAUUGUAUGUGUGUCACUAUCUGCUCUUUAUGUACACUUUGAUUCCUAAAUAUUUUCCCAUUCGUAGCC